CAGAGAAAAAAGGCGAGCGCGAACUGUUGGUGUCUGCUGAAUCUAAAGAACCAUAAUAAUGUUGUUUCAUUGAUGGACUCUCAUACAAAAACAGGGAAGGUUUACCUUCAACCUCGCAAAGCUGGAAAAAAAUGGAAGCCGGUGUUGCUGUCCCUGGUUCCAGCCAGCAACAAUGGAGUCGGUCGAUUGGAGAUUCAAUUUAUAGGAGGUGGUGGUGGAGGAAGAGAUCAUGUUGCAGGCUUAAAGAAACACCACCAGCCUCAAGAAAGCAAGGUCAAAGUGGUGCGACUUUCUGAACUUAUCAGUGUCUUGAGACUCCCACCAAAUGCUGAAGCCUGUCCCAUGGAAAACAUGUCAGCUUUUUGUGUGGAGUCACAAGAGAGAACAAUGGUGUUUUCUACAGAAAAAGAUGACUGUGUGGAAUGGGUUGAGAAACUUUGUCAAGCAACAUUUCAGAAGGAUGCUGGCUCAAACACUAAAGAGCUUCAUAUGGAAGAAAACCUGAUAUAUGCAACUGCAAAUGCCUUAGAGUUUUACGUUGUGGUGCAAAGAACAGAUGCAGCAAUACGUUGUGGACUGCUGGGUUCAUACUGGCUACAGGUUGGACCGCGGACUCUACUUCUGAAAGAUAUUCAGAAGGUGAACAUUGUAAGACAGUGGCCAUAUGAACUGCUAAGGCGAUAUGGUAAAGACAAGCUGACCUUAACCAUCGAAGCAGGAAGACGAUGUGACAGCGGUCCCGGAACAUUCACCUUUGAAACACAACAAUCUGAAAAAAUAUUCAAUCUGAUUCAGAGUACUAUCAAGCAGAAGACUUUAGCUGUUUCAUCCGGUAACCUUCACCAGGAAGAAGACAAGUCUGUAGUGACUAACAUACUGGCAAAAUCCCCUCUCCCUGAAAUACCUGAUAUGACAGGUAUAGCCUCCAUUCUGGAAAACAGGAGGUUGCAGGUAAAGACAGAGGACAAUGUAGGAGCUCGAAAUGAUGCUGCUCAUUCAUCAGAAAAUAAGUCAUUACAGCCAGCUCCAAUCACCCUCAUGCCUCUCCCAAUGGUCCCAAAACUUGACAAACCUUCUGGAGAUCUUCAUGAUUGCCAAUCAGAAGCUGAAUACGCCAACCCAGCUGACUGCAUUCAAAACGUACAAAUACCUAAAGUUGCACUGUCUUAUGUGUAUGUAGACCCCGCAAGUGUUCUUCCGCUUCAUCCUCCAAAAGAAAGCCUAAUUUCUGUUUCCAACUCUUUGACCCCACAGCCUUGUGUCAUUAGUGAUGAGUCUGUUUAUUCAGAGGUGUAUGACAAAGUCAUUAUAAAUGACCCAAAGCAAUUUGCAGAGGAUGAACCUAUUUAUACUGUACCUGUAAGCAAGGCAACUGGAGCUCCUGAAAAAGAUGAAACCAAACCAGACCCGUUUGCUCACCUCUAUGCUCAAGUCAAUAAAACACCUCCAUCAUCAAGUCCCUCUUCAACCCCACCUCCCCCCUCUUCAUCAUCCUUGGCCAACAGCAUGGCUGCUACCAAAAUCUCCGACCCCUCUCCUGAUGAUGUAAUCUAUGAAAACCUGGGUAUCAUUUAAUUAAGCUGCUUGACACUGAAUACAAAAGUAAUGCUUCAUCAAAGCCACCAUGUUGAACAGCCAAAUUGUCCAGAAUGUUAACUGUAUAUUUAGAAAUGCCGCAUAUUUCAUUCAGAUAUGUUUACCAUUGUAUGUAUUAAAUCUAUUUUUAAGCCUUUUCUAAAUAAGGUAUUAAAAAAAAAAAAAAAAAACAUACAUGCACUAACUAUUUAUUUCAGUAUUUUAUGCAGUUUAUCACCACAAAAAGGGUUUGGAGUUAAAGUACAUCAAUCUGCAUUACAAAACAAACAUUCAAGUAAAAUACUGCUAUUAGUGCUAUUUAACAUUGCUGAAUGGCUCAGUAUUUGUAUGGUAAUUAUCUGUCAUUGUAAUGAUGUAACAGGCUAAAUGUAAAAUAGUUUAAAAUAAAAUCAUAAUUCAUACUUUUUACAAUCAGUAGUCGCCCUCUGCUGGCCACAAUAAAAAUUCCAGUACGGAAAAUAUUCCUAGUAUGGCAGUUAA